AAAAAAUAAAAACAAAAUUAUAAAAUAAAAAUAUUAACCUCCAAAAAUGCAGCUGUUGCCGUCACCAAUGUCCCUUCCUUACCACUUCUCAGGUUCAACUGGUGCAGGCUCCAACAAUUUUCAUUUCAUUACUUAUAACCCUUCUUCCUUCUUUUCAAUCACCCUCUCUUAAUUUUCCCCCAAAUUUAUUAAAAUUAAUUUUUAAAAAACCCUAAAUUUUCUUCAUUGACUUCAGCCAUUUCUGCUUUCUCUCUCCUGUUCUGGGGUUUUUUGUUGUGAAGAUUGUUCUAGAAAUUCUUCAAAAAUGGGCUUUCAUGGAAUCUGUCUUUAAUGGGUAAAUAUUUGAAUCUUGUUUUUUUAAGCUAAAUUUUUGUUUUUUUUUAUUUCUGGGUAUUUCCCCCUUUUUUUCUGGGGUUUUUAUGGAUGUGAUCAAUUUGAUUCGAUACUCAUCGCCGAAUCUUCAUGAGAUCCUGUGGUUUGUUCAUGUCUUCAUUUGAUCAUUCACUUAAUUAUACCUCAUCUUUUAUCUGUCAAAUAGAUCAGUUUUUAUUCCUCUUUUCGAAUUACAAACGAUGGAUUCUGGAAUUCUAACCCUAGUUUUUUGCUUUUGUUUUCAUUGGAUUCGUCCUUAUUUUUAUCUGUGAUAAGAAAAAGAAAUUUGUUGGUGGGUGUUUUGAUUUGGACUUUGAUUGAUUGACAAAUAUGGAAAAAAUAAAGAAUUACGAUGGUGAUUUCAUUUGUUAUUAGUUCAGAAAAUUGAAAACCCUAGAUUUGGGGGAAAAUAGAAGUGAUUAACCAGGGUUAGAGAUACAUAGAUGAUGGGGGAAACUCUAUUGACAACCUUAUCGAUUGAGAAUUACCAUCCAUCUACUGUGUUGUCCAUGGAUUCAAGCUCCUCGUCUCAUGACGAGUCAGAGAGAGAUGUGAAUCGGUCGGUCCUGCAAUCGGGACCGCCCGAUAUCAAUCUCCCGUUAUCGGAAGAUCCCAGCGUGCUCCCGCAAUUGUGGAAUGAUAGUUGUGAGAUUUUAGAUGUUGGUCUAGGUCCUCAAGUUGUUACUGAGGGUGUGGCAAUUGUGAAUGUUCCUAAAGUGGGUAGGAAAUGUGCUAAACGCGUUGAUAGUAUAUGGGGUGCUUGGUUUUUCUUCAAUUACUAUUUCAAACCCGUGUUAAAGGAUAAUUCCAAGUGUAAGGUUACGAGAGAUAGCAAUGGUUGGGGUGGUUUCGAUAAGUCUGACUUGAAACUUGAUGCUUUCUUAGUACAGCAUGAUAUGGAGAAUAUUUACAUGUGGGUAUUCAAAGGGAGGCCUGAGAAUGCGUUAGGGAAGAUGCAGUUAAGAAGUUUCAUGAAUGGACACUCUAGGCAAGGGGAGCGCCCGUUUCCUUUUAGUGUUGAUAGAGGAUUUGUGAGGUCUCACAAAAUGCAGAGGAAACAUUAUAGGGGCCUGUCCAACCCGCAGUGUAUUCAUGGGAUUGAACUGAUUGGGUCACCUGAUUUUACGGGUUUAGAUGAAUGUGAAAGGAAGAGGUGGCUGGAGCUUACAGGCCGGGAUAUGAACUUCUCGAUACCUGAGGAAGCAAGUGAUUUUGGUUCUUGGAGGAAUCUCCCACCAAUGGAAUUCGAGCUAGAGCGCCCUGCUCUAUCUACAAAGGGUGCUCAAAGAAAGGUAAUUCCUGAUACAGGACUGAAUUUAUCAACUCAGACAUCCAAGCACGGUCUCAGCAAUGGGGUGGAUCUUUCUCAUGUUGCUAAGAAACAAAAGAAAGACUUUUACUCUAAUGGCAGCAUUGACAACGGAUUUCUCCUAAUCAACUCACAGUCUGACAGUGUAUUGGAUGUAGAAUCUCAUUUGGCUGAACCUGUAUGGUCUAAUGAAUUUAGCGGGGUGAUGAAGAAUGUCUAUGGUCCUGUCACAGCUGCAAAAAGUAUAUACGAAGAUGAAAAGGGGUUCUUGAUUAUUGUUAGCUUGCCCUUUGCUGAUCCUCAAAGGGUGAGAGUUACAUGGAUGAAUACCCCUACACAUGGAAUUGUGAAGGUUGCUUGUGUUAGCACAGCUUGCUCACCCGUGAUUAAGAGACAUGGCAGGACAUUCAAACUGUCUGACCCGAUGCCAGAGCACUGCCCUCCUGGAGAGUUCGUUCGGCAGAUUCCCUUGCCUUCACGGAUCCCAGAAGAUGCAAAGCUUGAGGCUUAUUGUGAUGAAACGGGAACGGCACUUGAGAUAAUGGUCCCUAAACAACUUGCUGUACUGGAAGAGCAUGAAGUCCAUGUUAGCCUUCGGCCUUCUCCUUGGGUUUGAUUUAGUUUUAUUAUUAUUAAGUCUUAAUGUAAGAACAAUUUAAGAUGUUUACUAUGGUAACUAUCCCAGCAUUGAUAACUAACUGUACCACAUAUAAAGGACACGCGUUGAAGUUUACUUGGUGUUCUUGAUAA